AUGAACCCCGUGCACUACAUGAACUCCAUGCACUACAUACACCCCAUGAACCCCAUGCACUACAUGACCCCAAUGAACUCUAUGCACUACAGGAUCCCCAUGAAGUCCAUGCACUACCGGAACCCCAUGCACUACAGGACCCCCAUGAACCCCAUGCACUACGGGACCCCCAUGAACCCCAUGCACUACAUGACCCCCAUGAACCCCAUGCACUACAGGAUCCCCAUGAAGUCCAUGCACUACCGGAACCCCAUGCACUACAGGACCCCCAUGCACUACAGUACCCCCAUGAACCCCGUGCACUACAGGACCCCCAUGCACUACAUGAACUCCAUGCACUACAUACACCCCAGGAACCCCAUGCACUACAAGACCCCCAUGAACUCUAUGCACUACAGGACCCCCAUGCACUACAGGACCCCCAUGAACCCCAUGAACCCCGUGCACUACAGGACCCCCAUGCACUACAUGAACUCCAUGCACUACAUACACCCCAUGAACCCCAUGCACUACAAGACCCACAUGAACUCUAUGCACUACAGGACCCCCAUGAACCCCAUGCACUACAGGACCCCCAGGAACCCCAUGCACUAUAUGACCCCCAGGAACCCCAUGCACUACAGAGCCCCAUGA